GUUCCGGUACAUAUACAAAUACAUCUUGUUUCGGUCAGACCAACGCUCUAGCGUCGGUCCGCGGAAAAUAGAAAAAUCACAAUUAUCCGGGAAGUUAGAUUAGUGGAAAAUCAAAACGCGUAUCCCCCAAUAAAUAUGCGCAAGCGUAAAUUGUACAUAAACUGAAUGCAGCCAGCGUGCGAAGCACUAAAAAGAAAAAAUAUAACGCCAGAAACAGAAACAAGGAAUUGCAGCUGCAGUCUCGGCGUGGGCCCAUCCCAACCCCAUUAGAUCCCACCCGGCACUGGAGUGGUAGCCUAUCAUGGAUAUAGGAGUCAAGCAUAAAUAUUAGCCGAAUCCUUUGAAUUAUAAAUUCAAGAUCCUAAUUUAAAUUAGCCAAGUAGCUUAGCCUAGCCUAUAGCCCCCUAGCCAGAGGAACGGUUUCAAGCCGUCAGCAAUCGCGUUUAUAGUCCAAAUCGAAACUUAACUGAACCCCAAGGACAUUAGCGAGAAAAUCUUAGGAAUCACUCCAAGGAGCAACAUUAUCAUGACGACCGACACCCGCCGACGUGUCAAGUUGUACGCGCUGAAUGCGGAACGCCAAUGGGACGAUCGUGGCACUGGCCAUGUGUCCUCCACCUAUGUGGACAGGUUAAAAGGCAUCUCGCUUUUGGUUCGCGCUGAAUCCGAUGGGUCCCUCCUUUUGGAGAGCAAGAUACAACCAGACACCGCUUACCAGAAGCAACAGGACACCUUGAUUGUGUGGUCCGAGGGUGACAACUUUGACCUGGCUCUGAGUUUCCAGGAAAAAGCGGGUUGUGACGAAAUAUGGGAGAAGAUAUGUCAGGUGCAAGGCAAAGAUCCGUCUGUAGAGAUCACCCAGGACAUUGUCGAAGAGUCGGAGGAUGAGCGGUUUGAGGAUAUGUCGGACACGGCGCCACCGAUUGAGCUGCCACCCUGCGAACUUUCCCGACUAGAGGAUAUUUCGGAGACGAUACAAAGUUGCCUCUCUACGCCUCUUCGCAAGGAGAAGCUAUCGAUGGCCUUGGAGUCGGAGAGCUAUAUUAAGAAGCUGCUGAACUUGUUUAACGUCUGCGAGGACCUGGAUAACACCGAGGGUCUGCACCAUCUGUUCGAGAUAUUUAAGAACAUUUUUUUGCUGAAUAAGAACGCACUCUUCGAGAUCAUGUUUGCGGAUGACACCAUCUUUGACGUGGUCGGGUGCCUGGAGUACGAUCCUAGUGUGGCUCAGCCAAAGAAGCACCGCCAGUAUCUCAAGCAGUUGGCCAGAUUCCGUGAGGCGGUGCCGAUCAAGAACCAGGACGUGUUAGCUAAGAUCCACCAAACGUUCCGGGUGCAGUACAUCCAGGACAUCAUCCUGCCCACACCUUCGGUCUUUGUCGAGGACAACAUGUUAAACACUUUGUCGAGUUUCAUCUUCUUUAACAAAGUGGAGAUCGUGACAAUGAUCCAGGACGACGAGCGCUUUCUGCUCGAUGUGUUUGCGGUGCUCACUGAUCCCGCCACCUGCGAUGCGAAACGCCGCGACACAGUCCUCUUCCUGAAGGAGUUUUGCAACUAUGCCCAGAACCUGCAACCGCAGGGCAAGGACUCGUUUUACAAAACUCUCACCUGUCUGGGCAUUCUGCAGGCUCUGGAACUAACACUCGUGAUGAACGACAAGAAGACCAAAUCGGCCUCCAUCGAUAUACUCACGGCCAUCGUUGAGUUCUCGCCGUUGGUGGUGCGCAACUACACGCUUAACCAGGCCAACAGGCCAGAAGGGGAGCGUAUGCUACUAAACAUUGCCAUCGAACAAAUGCUGAACGAUUCGGAGCCGGAGUUGGGCAUUGCGGUGCAGUUGAUGGGUAUCGUCAAGAUCCUGUUGGAACCCGAGAACAUGCUCACCGAGAAAGGUGAUUUUCUUAACUUCUUUUACAAGUACAGCGUCCAGACGUUAGUGGCUCCAUUGAUGCUUAACACGAUGGGCGACCGUCCGCAGAACGAGGACUAUCAGACGGCUCAGCUACUGGGCAUUGUCCUAGACAUUUUGUCCUUCUGUGUGGAGCACCACAGUUACCACAUCAAAAACUUUUUGCUACAAAAGGAUCUCCUCAAGCGAAUUCUGGUGCUGAUGAAGAGCACACAUACGUUCCUUGUCCUCGGCGCUCUGCGAUUGCUGCGCAAGAUAAUUGCACUCAAAGAUGAGUUCUAUAAUAGACACAUUGUCAAGUGCAAUCUAUUUGCCCCAGUUGUGGAUGCCUUCAUUCGCAACAAUGGCCGUUAUAACCUGCUGGAAUCAGCUAUCCUAGAGCUGUUUGAGUUUAUAAAACUCGAAGACAUCCGCACUUUAUGCGUUUACUUCGUGGAGAACUUUAGCAAGAUAUUUGAUGAAAUCGAAUAUGUGCAGACAUUCAAGUACUUGAAGAAUCGUUACGAUCAGUACCAGGAUCGGCUCAAGGAUCGCGACAAGAUGGAGAACCGAACGGACGGUGGCCUGCCCAUCAUCCGUAGCGGUGGCCGUUUUCGUCGGGAUCAGCGGCAAAUGGAGGAAGAGGAGGAGAUGUGGUUCAAUGAGGAAGAUGAUUUCACCGAGGAAAUCGACACGUACAACAAUGUAAUGAAAUCCGUCAGCGAAAAGAAUGGCCCGCAAACGCAAAACCAGCAGAAAUCCUCUCCGCCGCACAGCACGUCACCGCAUAGUGGAUUGUUGGGAAACCUCAGCUCCACCGCGUCAGCCACUGCCACAUCCGCCUCGUCAGGCGCACCGGUGGCCAGCGGCAGCAGUAGCCCCGAGGCAAUCUCUGCCGAUGAGCAGACGCAGGCGGCGGUACAUUUAGCCGCCGCUGCUAAUAUCGCACUUCAGCACCACCAGCAGCAACAACAGCAGCAGCAGAACCCAUUCCAGCAACAGACACAGCCCGAAAUCGCGGAGCUGCAACAGCAGCUGAGCAGCGUGGAGGCACCACAAAGCCAGGAGUUAGAGCUGUCGCAAUCAGCCGCCGCCAGCGCAUCGCCCCCAUCGUCAUCCUCAUCUCUGGAGGCUUCCACGUCCUCAUCGUCGGCGUCAUCAUCAUCCUCGUCGUCUUCGUCCUCGCCGCCCGGCUCAUCAGCGGCCGCAUCUCUUUGCGAUUCGGCGACAGUGGCCGCCGUGGCGGCUUCACAGUUUCUCUCAACGAUCGCCACGGCCAUGGCUGCGUCUGUAACAGCGGCGGCGGCCACUACCAGCUCGCCCAGCCUGUCACCAGCUCCGGCUGUUUCCAGUCCGGAUAUCGAAAACGCCGACGCUCAGUUGCCGCCUAGUGAUGAUGCUAACAGCCCGGUCAGUGGGGAACAGGACGCGAACAGUACGGAAACUGCCAGCAGUGAUGCGGAUAAGGCGACGGCCAAAAAGGGUCUGGUUGACUACGAGAGUGAUUCUGGUGAAGAUGACUACGAGGAGGAUGAGGACUCCGAGGGGCCACAAGCACAAAAGCGCGCGCGUCUGGCAUAGUUGGCAGAUGAAGAGCACAGCAGCGGCAUCAAUUAUAAAUUAGUACACACAUAACAGAACACAACAAACCACGGCAAACAACAAAGAACACACAGACCCCCACACACCAACGAAUGUUAGGAUUGCAUUAGCGGCAACGACAGACAGCACAGCAGACAGCCGCAGAAUGUAAGAUCGAACAAGAAAACAUACAAUUAAAUUUUAGCAUAAAAUUUAUUUUAAAGGAGAAAAGAAACGAGAAACACCUAAAGUAAACGAGAAAUUAUAAAUCUUACUUUACUAAAUUAAAUAACGACAUAUAUAUAUAUAUAUAUAUUCAAAUAUAUAUGCAUAUGAAAACACAGAUAAAUAUAACUGAUCAGAGCAUCCACAGGAGAGAAGAUGCAUAUUUGAGUGCGUGUUACUGAGUUGGAAGAGCAUUAACGAAACAAACCAAAACUAAAUGUAUUUAGUAGUUAAAUCCAACAAAAGAAAGAAAUACAAAUGAGAAAAUAAAAUGCCUGCCGUCAGGUGGUGUAGGACAUUUGUAUACAGCUACAGCAUCCUGUCGCAUUGUCCCUUGUAUAACAGCGGUUUAAACAAUUCCUGUUAAGUUGGCUGCUGGCCAAGAAUGAAAGUGUCGGUAUUUGAAAGACAAUUUUUAUUACUAUUUUUAUCUUUGAGAGAACGAUUCCCUGCCAAUCGCACUAUUACACAGCGCCGUUUUCUAUUGACAAUUUUAGUAAACAAUUCUUAUCACGGAACCUGUUUAUAAAAGUUUCUAUUGUAAACGGUGCUGUAACAUCGCAAACAACGUAAAUAUAUGUUAUUAAUUUUAAUUUAACGUUUUCAAAUAUUAUAUUAAGAAUUAUUGUUUUUUGUUUUUGUAUUUUAGCAAUUGUUUUCUGAAUACCAACACAUGCUCAUGGCCAACUUUACAUAAUUUGUUAACCCAUUGAGUUAGAAGCAGAUAACACUUGAACCCAAUGAACCUUGUAUAUAAUUUAGUCAGUCUCAAUACGCGAUUAGUCGAUAACUAACUGCCCUUGCACCACUGACGCCGACAUUUAGACAGAACACAUUUGAACUUGGGGAAAAAACAAAAGUUUUGCACUUAUCGAACAGAUCGAAAUCCGAAAUUUUCGUGUUGGUAAAAUCUUGAGAAGCGUUGUCUGACUGUGUAAUUAAAAAGUAAUCGUUGCGCUACCCCUUGCAUUAUUAAAUCAAACUCAUACACACACACACAUCAAUGAAUAACUAAUUAUAAUGAUAACAAAUAGAACGUAAAUUUAAACUAAAGUGGGGCAAAACAAACAUCAGCAAAAAAAAAAAAAACAAUGAAUUAACGUAAAAAUAGUCUUCUUGAGUUUUCGAGUAAGUUUUUUUUUCAUAAUUAACUUUAUAUUCAUUUGUAUUAAAAAGCUAAUGUUGUAGGCUCACUCGGAACCACUCCUUUCCACUCACACUCGCUGACACUCAAACCAAUCGAAAUCCCCACACACACAUACAACCACAAUGACAAAAUAAUAAAGUUAUUUGUUAAUAAUCGUAUUUGCCAUGUGCGUUGCGUACUGUACUACAUUUAUUUAUUUAUUAGUGUUUAAAAGAACUUGUCACUGCAAACGGUUUCCCUCGAGCAACCGAUCGUCCCCCCUUCCCGAAGCCCACGAUCUAUUACACCUAUUAUACACCUAUAAUAUAUAUAGACGGGGAGAACGUAUCCAUACAUUUAUCCUUCCAAGUUGAUGUUUUUGUUUGUUUGAUUGAUUGAUGAUUGAGCAACAUUAACAAGAUGCAUUCGAAAAGUGCAUGGACAUGAAUGAAGAUUACCAGAAACAGAAACGAAAAUAAAUGAUAAUGAAAACUAAACGUAAACGUAAAAGCGACAACACUAUAGUUUAUACAUAGUAUUUAUAUGAAUCGUGUAUUGUAUAUGAUAUGCUGUCUAAUCCCUAAUCCUAACACACACAUACCCACUACAUCUAUAAUUUGAAUACUUUAUUUAGUUGUUUAAACAUCCGUGCGUAAAAUGCGAUAUAUAUAACUCUAUAUUAUUAUUAUGAGUAAAUUAAAUAAUAGUUUUUAAUAGUUUUUAAACAGAAACAAAUGGCUAAGCUCUCAAA